AUGGCGUCAUCCCCGAAGCGCCUCACAGGCGACAAGCCUGCUAUCAAUGCCUUCAUUGACAAAUUCGACAUCUUCUUGUUUGACUGCGAUGGUGUAUUGUGGUCGGGGGAUCACCUCUUCCCCGGCACUGUGGAGACGUUGGAGUUAUUGAGAGCAAAAGGCAAGAAGAUUGUGUUUGUAACGAACAACUCAACGAAAUCCCGAGCCGAUUACCAGAAGAAGCUCACUGCGCUGGGUAUCCCAAGUAAUGUCGACGAAAUAUUCGCAUCCUCAUACUCCUCGGCGAUAUACAUAGCUCGAAUUCUGAAACUGCCAGCCCCAAAGAACAAGGUUUUUGUGAUCGGUGAAGCAGGUAUUGAAACGGAGCUGAGAGCAGAAGGCAUUGAGUUCAUUGGUGGAACGGAUCCAGCAUACCGACGAGAUAUUACACCAGAUGAUUACAAAAAUAUCGCAGAUGAAUCUAUGCUGGACCCAAAUGUCGGAGUUGUUCUCGUAGGCCUGGAUUUCCAUAUAAAUUACCUAAAGCUCUCUCUCGGUUAUCAAUAUCUCGCUCGAGGCGCAAAGUUCUUGGCUACGAAUACGGAUAGUAUACUUCCAUCCAACCACACUUUCUUCCCUGGUGCUGGAUCAAUAUCAAUUCCUUUCAUCUACAUGACUGGCCAGACACCUAUAACUCUUGGAAAACCAAGUCAAGCAAUGAUGGACUCGAUAGAAGGCAAAUUCCAAUUUGAUCGCAAGACUGCUUGUAUGGUGGGAGACCGAUUAGACACAGAUAUCAAGUUCGGUCUGGAGGGCAAGCUUGGCGGUACUCUUGCAGUAUUAACUGGAGUUAUGAAGAAAGAACAUUGGGAGGCUGAAGAGGCACCAGUUAUCCCCCACUACUAUGUAGAUAAGCUAAGUGACUUGCGUGCUUGA